AUUUCUUUCUGGAUUCAGUUUGACAAAAUCCCAUUCCGGAUUAGAAAUAAAGUUGGAACUUGGUUUAAGUGUUUCUGGAUUACAAUGUUUGGGUCCAGUAUAAGCCUUCACUUACUGAGUGUCAGCAUCAUUUGAAUUCUGAGAAAUCUGGGCAUAAGCAAAACUCGGUUCCAUAUCUUCUCUGCUCAGUGAUCCAAAAAGUGCAGGUUGUCAAAGCCAAUUAAGAUGAUUAUUCACCACCCCCAGCAUGAUCUGAUCUCUUGUUUGGUCCAAUUCCACAAGCUUAAAAUCCAGAUCAAAUGCUUUAAUGACAUACCGAAACUACAGUAUGAUUAUUUGUCUUCUCGUUGCAAUUAGCAAAGUCGGGAACGGACUGAAACAAGUUGUUGGGACUUGGGAGAGAUGUCAAACAUGAUGGUGAUGAAUUCAGGUCUCUGCAACUGCAAGGUCGAGAUAGCGAGAGACCCAUUGGUGGUGGUUCCUAAUUGUCCUGGCUACCCGACCACCUCCAUUAAAUGGCUCAUCGCCGACCAUCUCCAAGCUUGCGAGGACCUAACCUCCGUCUCCCUCCGCCGUCCCUUCAACAGGAACAGGGGCUACCUUAUCAACCCUAACCCCCAGAAGGAGAUCUAAGACCGCGUCUUCCGCUUACUCUUCCGCGUAGACCCAACUGCCUUCUCCCUACUUGUAGAGCCUCUCGUCAACCUUCUUUUCACCCGACUCUCCACCGGCGGAGUUUGUCUUCGAGGACUUCGGCUUCCGAUUUCUUUACGUCGGCCACUCACCCUCUCACCCUCCUCCUUCCUUCGAGGCAGCUCCACUAUAACGUCCUGGACGACUUCUCUCAUCGACGAUGUGAAAGGAGAAGCUUUCUUCCGUCUCUCUCAUCAAUGUGUCUCGCGAACUCCAGAAUCCAGAUUUCCAGGAACCGGAAAGUCUUUCCUUGGCUCUGUUACUGUUUGAUUAAGAGUGGAGCAAUGGAAAUUUUCCACAAAGCCAAGGCUGUUUGUCUCCGGAGCCACCACGAGAAGUACCUCUUCGUCGAGGAAGACAAAGAAUCGGUGUCCCAAGACCGCAAUGGUUCGUCUUGGAACGCCAAGUGGGGUGUUGAAUUCAUUGAAGGGGGGAACUAUGUUCGUCUCAAGAGCUGCUAUGAUAGAAAUCUCACUGCCUCUAAUGAGGCCUUCCUUCUUGGAAUGACCGGGAAGAAGGUUCUUCAGACUACACCCAGAAAGCUGGAUUCCUCCGUCAAGUGGGAGCCCAUCAGGGGAGGGUUUCAAGUUAAGCUCAAGACUCGCUACGGCAACUUCUUGCAUACAAAUGGCGGUGUUCCUCCUUGGAGGAAUUCCAUCACUCACGACAUCCCUCACAAAACUGCAACUCAAGAUUGGAUCUUAUGGGAUGUUGAUGUCGUUGAAAUCCAUAUCAAUUCCCCCGUUCAUCCAGUACAUGGGAGGUCUUUGUAAUUUACCCUUUUGUUUUUAGUUUUUUUAUUCAAUUCAAAACAAGCAAGGGGUUAGGAAGCAAAAGAGAGUAAGCCCAUGCGGACAACUGCACUUUAGAAUAUGGUAUUUAUUUCGGUCGUCAUGACCGGAUAUCAUGAUUUGGUUACU